AUGGACAUUCUCCAAGUCGAAAGGCUGUCCAUCAAGCGAUGUUUUAAGCCCUCAGACUUUGGAGAGGUCCGAAAUGUACAGCUUCACCAUUUCUCGGACGCGAGUUCAACUGGCUAUGGACAAUGCACAUAUAUUAGGGUGAUGAAUGCAGACGAGAAGGUCCAUUGUGCAUUGGUUAUGGGAAAGUCUAGAGUAGCUCCGCUGAAACCCAUAACUAUCCCAAGGCUUGAAUUGACAGCGGCGGUGGUGUCUGUAAGGAUCAGCUCAUUUCUACAGAAGGAACUGAAACUGAUGGCAGCUGAUCAGUACUUUUGGACAGACAGUCGGGUAGUACUCAGCUACAUCAAGAACGAAAACAAGAGGUUCCAUGUGUUCGUGGCGAACCGGGUGAAGGAAAUAAGAGAUGUGUCCUCAAUAUCUCAAUGGCGGUAUGUACAGUCCAGCGAAAAUCGCGCUGACGGUGCCUCUAGAGGACUGCAAGUUGGUGAGCUGGAGAGUUCUACAUGGCUGGCUGGUCCUAGAUUUCUGUGGGAAAAAGAAUUUCCAGGUAAUGGCAACCAAGAAGAAUUCACCAUUCAACCGAAUGACCCUGAAGUGAAGAAAGUUACUGCUCACCAAACGAAGGCAAAACAGAUAGGGUUUGACCUGAAUCGCCUACAUCGAUUUUCAACUUGGCAUCAGGCAAGGAGAGCGAUCGGGAACUGUAUGCGCCUGAAAACCUACCUCAAAGACUGCUGUUUGGAGAAAGGGAAGCCUAUGGGCAAUACUUACCAGUGUCCUGCUAUGAAGCCCAUGUCAGCCGAGGUGCUCGCUCAAGCAGAAAAGGAAAUUCUGAAAAUUGUUCAGAGAGAGGAAUUUUCUAAGGAAAUCCAGGUGCUGAAAGAACUGAAGGCAGACAGUCCCACAAGUCGGCAACACAGACGUCACAUCAAGAGGACUUGCCGAUUUCAAAGGCUGGACCCAUUCCUAGAUAAAGAGGGCAUAAUGAGAGUAGGUGGGCGUCUGAAGGAAGCUGAGAUGUUGUUCGAGGGCAAACAUCCAAUUCUCCUUCCCAAGAAGAGCCAUUUGACGAGGUUGAUAGUACGUCACUGUCACGAGAACGUUGCCCACCAGGGCCGAGGAAUGACUAUCAACGAGGUACGAGCAAGUGGUUAUUGGAUUCUUGGCUGUAGUUCAGUUGUUUCUAACUGCAUCUCAAAGUGUGUCACCUGCCGCCAUCUUCGACGAUCUCCUCAGGUGCAGAAGAUGGCAGAUUUGCCAAAGGAUCGAUUGACUCCUAACCCUCCCUUUUCCUACUGUGGGAUGGACUGUUUCGGGCCAUGGCUCAUCAAAGAAGGAAGGAAGGAGGUUAAAAGAUAUGGUAUUGUCUUUACCUGCAUGUCGUCACGAGCUGUUCACAUUGAGACGCUGAAUUCACUAAGUACAGAUGCUUUCAUCAACGCACUACGACGCUUCAUUGCAGUUCGUGGUCCCGUUCGGCAACUCAGAUGUGACAGAGGAACCAACUUUGUUGGCGCAGAAGCCGAAUUCAAGAAAGCCUUGAAUGAAAUGAACCACGAUCUUGUGAAGAGUCAUCUCCUGAAGGAAGGAUGUGAUUAUAUCAAGUUCAACUUCAACCCUCCUGCUGCAAGCCAUAUGGGGGGAAUAUGGGAACGGCAGAUUCGUUCAAUCCGUCGAGUCUUGGAAGCGUUACUUCAACAGCAUGGUAGACAGCUAGAUGACGAAGCCUUACGCACCCUGUUGUGUGAAGUGAUGGCCAUAGUUAACAGCCGUCCUCUUACAGUUGAUUUCAUCAACGAUGUCACUUCACCAGAACCACUCACUCCGAAUCACCUUCUCACGCAGAAAUCGAAGGUGAUACUCCCACCACCGGGUAACUUCCUACGGCAAGACAUCUAUGUGCGUAAGUACUGGAGAAAAGUACAACAUCUCACUAAUCAAUUCUGGUGUCGCUGGAAAAGGGAAUUCUUGAGCAAUCUCCAAUCACGCCAGAAGUGGUUACGUCCAGAGCGCCAAAUGAUGGUUGGGGACAAAGCAAACCCAUUAAAGACAACUUCAGUUGAGACCUGUGCCUCGUAUUCGUUUAUGGUUUAG